UGGAUUUAAAAGGAGCUGUUUUAUUUUACGUACUCCUGGCUGGUACUACAGCUAUGCAAAAGGAGAAUAACGAAGAAACCAUGCUUACACGACAUCAAGACGAACGCAGUGAUUGGUCCAUUCAAAACGCAGCAGCAGCAUCUGAACAGCUUGAUACCAGUAAGAAGUUUGAGGAUCUCACGGCUCGCAUGGAACGUCUCGAGGCCCGCGAAAAGGCUCGAGAACAAAAAUAUGUGAACGAGAUACAAAAUUUAAGACGCCAGCUUUCCAUCCAAUCUCGACGUACCUCAUCACUAGAAAGACUUGUCAAUCGCCUUUGGAAUAAACGUUUUAACCACAAAAACCAGGGAAUGGAUAAACACGAAAAUACUUCGAAAGACUUAGAGGAAAGGAUCAAGUCACCGACAUUACAUUCUCGUGACGUGAAACGAAGCCAAAGGAUUCGGCGAGGCGAGAACAAUAGCCAGGUUGCCUUUUUUGCGGUACUAACACAACAUCUCACUCAGGUCGGAGCUAUCAGCCAAUUGUUUUCAAUAAUGUGGAAACAAAUAUCGGCAACGCUUACAAUAGUCAUUUUGGUUCUCAGCAACCCUUUUUACGGACUACCGCUCUGACUACAAAGCUGCAUUUGUCAAAAAUGGAAACACACUUUCCAAAUUUUACAUAAGAGGUUCUGCUUCUGGUCACGCCACGAUGAGUGAUAGAGUUGUGCUCCAACUCAAGAAAGGAGACGAUGUCGGCAUCCAAAACAAAGGAGGAAAUAAUUCAAUUCAUCGAGACAGCUACUGCACUUUCUUAGGAUUCCUUCUACAGGAAGAGUUUUCGAAUAUGG